AUGAAAGAAUUACAGUUGCCGGAAAAGAGGAAGUCUAACACAGGCCUGUCAUGGUUUCCUUCUCCUAGAAUAUUGCAAGUAUUUCUUGUACUUUUAGGGGCGAUAGUUGCAUUUUUAAGUUUUUCUGCGACAUCUAGUAUUAUUUCUUCAUCGCCCAAGCAUCAUUCGUGCCAUGAUAAUGUUGAAGAGGCUGCCGUCAAAUACCAUUAUUCGACCAUUUCUAGUGAUGAAUUGCCCAUUUCCAACGAGAGACUGGCGUCCCUUGGAUUGACCCCAAACCAACCUGUAAAAAUUACCGAUAUUGGAGGUAAAGAGAAAAGCAUUAAGGGAAGAUUCCUUCAUAUUACAGAUAUGCAUCCUGAUCUGUAUUACAAGGAAAACACAUCAAUUGACGAUACUUGUCAUAGGGGUAAACCAAAAAAUGAUGGAGAUAGGGCUGCGAGGUUUGGUAAUGCAAUGAAAGGAUGUGAUGGCCCUCCGGAUUUGAUGUACUAUACAUUGGAUUGGAUUCACAAAAAUUUGAGUGAUGAAAUUGAUUUUAUCAUAUGGACUGGUGAUAAUGUUAGACAUGAUAAUGACCGUAGGAUCCCGAGAACUGAACAACAAAUUUUUGACAUGAAUAGACAGGUUAGUGAACUUUUCUUGAAGACUUUUAAAGAUCAUGAGUCUGACGAUCCAAGGGAUCUCAAAGUCAAAAUUAUACCGUCCUUAGGGAACAACGACGUUUUCCCACAUAACUUGUUUUCUCCAGGUCCCACAUUACAAACCAGAGAACUAUACGAUAUUUGGAGCCAGUUCAUACCACCAGCGCAACAAAAUACAUUCGAUAGAUAUGCUUCCUUUUUUGUGGAAGCGAUCCCUGGGAAACUAGCCGUUAUAUCGCUCAAUACUUUGUAUAUGUUCAAGGGCAACCCAUUGGUGGAUAACUGUAGUAAUAAAAAGCAACCUGGGUACAAAAUGCUCCUUUGGGUAGGGUUCACUUUACAGGAAUUGAGAGACAGAGGUAUGAAGGUUUGGCUCAGUGGACAUGUUCCACCAAUUCCAAAGAAUUUCGAUUCAUCAUGCUCUGACAAGUUAGCGUUAUGGUUACACGAAUACAGUGACAUAAUUAUUGGAGGUUUCUAUGGGCAUAUGAACAUGGACCAUUUCAUACCCGUUGAUGGUGAAAAAGCUUGGGAUGAUAUUGCAAAUAGUAUGGCUAUUUCUGAAUAUUCGGGAUUUUUUGAACAAGAUUUCCUAGAAGAUGCUAUUGCAGCAAGAGAAAUUAGGGCUGAAGGUGCCAAACCUGUCAAGAAGGUUAAUUACAUGAAUGGUGUACGAGAUGCUUAUUAUUCCAGGAUUUCAGAAGAUGUCAAGAAACUUUCUGAGAAAGAUCCGCUGUAUGAAAGGUAUAGUAUAGUGCACAUCGGUACCUCUAUUAUUCCUACAUUUAACCCUGGGUUCAGGAUAUGGGAGUAUAAUAUCACUGAAUUACAAACAGAGGAGGAAGUUCUCCAUUCUCACCAACCUUGGGACUCCUUUUUUGAGCAUUUGGAUGUUGAAAUUCAAAAGAUAAUUGAAGAAGCGGAAGAAGCGGAAGAAGUCGAAGCAUUUGAAGAUGAUGAACAGAUAGACUCUGAAAUUCCUGAUGUCCUGAUUUCAAAGAAGAAGAAGAAGAAGGGCAAGAAGGGCAAGAAAAACAAGAAUAGCAAGAAUUGGUGGAAAACUGACAAAACUUUCCCCAAGAAGAAACCCAAGAACCUUCCUCCAGGCCCAGCCUACGAAAAUCAACUGUUCUCGCCACUACGGUUUGUUCAAUAUUAUGCAGACUUGAAAGAAAUCGACAAACAGUAUUUGAAAUUGCUCAAGGAAGGUAAAAGUGAAGACGAAGCAGCAUCAAUUGCUUUCAAAUAUCAAAUAGAAUAUGCCUCUGACGACAAACCAUACCCAAUGAAAACUACAUUAGUAAAGGACUACAUUGAACUAGCGUCUGAAUUAAGUGGAAACGAUAAACUAUGGGACACAUUUUUAGAAAGAGCAUUCUGUUCAAGUGGAUACGAAGAUUGA